CAAUUAUAUACACGUUUAUUCGCUAACCAUUUGUUUCGAGAAUGCGCGAGACUUCGUUACCCUGGUAACGUAACAAGAAAAUCUAUUUUUAAUUCCUUACGUCAUUGAUUAAGUCGAAGAAACCUGAAAACGAGAUAUCUCGUCGUCCGGCCACAACGUUCGGCUUACUAAAAACCGAGAUUUCUCGUCACCCGUACGCAAUGUGUUAAUAUAAUGUUGCGUUAUCGGAAGUAAUUUUUUCGCCUCCCCAGGUUCGAUCUUAUAAAGAAAUUUUUCGAUUCGAUUAUUCUACAUUCUGUCCGCCGAUCUUUUCGUUACGGUCGGAAUAGAGAAUGGAGAAUAAUCUGUUAAUUGUAACCUAAUGCUGUACAAUCCUUAGAAAUUUUGAAUUGAAUGUUCGGCUCGGAUUGAAACAAAACAUUUUUUAUUCAGAUACCAGUUCACACAGUGAUUUUCUCGGUCUUCAGCGGAAACGAGAAAUACAUGUCCCCUAACAUAAUUUAUGUGCGCGAGCAAAUUGAUAAUAUCAGUCUGAUAUACAAGCUUGAACUUAGGAGGCGCUGCGCCAAUGGCGCCUGAAAACGUCGUAACAUGCAUCGCACGUAACAUUGAAUGAAUCGGCCUUCCGCGAAAAUUCAUCAAUUCAUUUCUACUAUCGAUACCUCCGCCAUACACUGCGAUCGCAAUUGGCUGAAAACUUGUCACAAGUCGUGUUAUGCUGAAACUAUCAAUCCAUUUGGCUAUUUGGAUACUGAUGUUUCUUCUCCUCCUCCAUGCUGUCGUGACAGAAAAACAGAACCAUUCAAGUAUCCGUUACCGUUAUCAUCGUUCUAGUAAACUUUCUCUGUCCGCUUUUCAAUACGCAUUUAAGGCUUGUUACAACAGACGUAAUAUACCAGACGGUCUUUAUAAAAUAACUUAGAUCUUCAAGAAGAGAAAAUAAACAGAUCGCUCCAUAAAAACGACUCGAUCAGGUUAACAUCUUCAAAUGAGAUUCCGCGACUCGAAGGCGGACGGAUUGCGAAAGGAGAACAUUGGCGCACAAUGGAAAGCAAAAACGGGAAAACUUUGCUGGAUUACAACGGCCCGGCGAUAACGGGAGAUUCUGAUAUCAGAAAUGACCAGGCUUUCGCGAACCAUGUUCGCGUCAAGAGAAGUGAAUCGAACGAUUCUUUUUCUCCUUCACAUUCCUGGGGCGGAAAUGGCACGAUCUAUGCGUCCGACGAGUUGCUGUCCAGAUUCGAAGGAUCUCAUGUAAACUCAAAUCACAAAAUUGAAUCCGAUAUGGUCGAUGCAACCACCCGGACAUAUUCAUGGCACAAACGAGGAAUCUUGUCCAAAAACGAGCGACGUAGGGAACGCGUGAAAGGAAGUACCAGACGUUCGAAAUAUCAGGUCGAAGCUCAAGUCAGAGGUAAAAAUCGCGGUACCUCGAAGCCUUCCCGUAAGUUUCCCACGAGGAAAGUUGGUUCGGGUAUGUGUAUCUUUUUGUCACAUGAAUUUGCAGUUUUGAAAGAGAAGACUUGGCUUUUUUUUACUUAUUUUUCCGCGGAUUUUUUCCGUUUCUCAUCUUCUUUAGGAAGAAACAUAAAUCAGGCGGGUUUUAAUCGAACGGUGAAUUUUUCCAAAAGGAAUUUCUCUAUCCUUGAGACAUGGCACAAAAAUAAAGACACAGCAAUCAAUGCGCAUACCAGAAAGAUUGACGGAUCACAGACGAAGUCGAAAAAAGGGAAAAGGGAAUCUGAAAAUAGCAACGGUUGGAACAGCGAUGUUGGUCCUGCCGACUCUGAGAGAACACGAGCUGAUGAAUCGGAGACACCGAUAAGUCAGAGUGAUUCGGUAUCAUUAAUUAACGAUAGCAGGCCUGAAGGACAGCGUGAGGAGAACAGCGUCGUAUUACCUUUCGUGCACACCGGGAAAGCGGAAUUGCGAGUUCGUAUCGAGAAAAUCCCCAGGAACGAAUCUUCGUUUAUUAAUCCCGACUGUUGGAUGAAUCAUUCUACCACAAUCGGUCCUUCUUCAACUACGCCAAUUCAAUCGAAAUAUGAGACAAUUGUUAACACCGGUGUUACAAAUUCUAUAUUCGCUCCAAAUUUUAAUUACACCGGAACUAAGAGAGAAGAAGCCGAUAGUUCAAUCGAGUUUGCCUCGUCGGGAAUCAAAACCGAUCGAAACUUGGAAGAUGGGAAAUACAGGCGUACGAACGAAAAACUUGUGAAAUUUGCGGACGAAGAUAUGAAUUAUCACGCAAAAAGGAAUCAGGGAAUUACGUCGAAACGUCGUCUGCGAAGCGACAAGAACGCGACAGGAUUGAAGCGCUCCAAGGACACUGGACAAAUUACCGGAGGUAUCAAACACGAAAGAACAACGGGAGAGAACGGGAGAAGAGCUCGUGGUAAUCGCGCUGUGAGAUCAAUCGAGGAAAUUAAGGACCUCAUUGAGAAAUUGGUCGUUAAGGUGACUCGCACUAACGUUUUUAUACAGUACGAUUUCAUCGGACGGACUCUCUUCCAAGUACGUCCCAUUGAGCGAACGUCACGAACGUCACGACCGGUGAAAGAUCUCGAAUUUGUGUCUCGUAUCACCGAGUUCUGUGAGAAAUAUUUAUCCGCAUUUUAUACAUUGCUCUGUGCAAUUCGUUUCAAGGUGAAUGAAUUACAAAUUUACGUGAGCAACCAAAGCGAAACUCCACGCACGACGGAUCCUUGCGGCGGUAAGAAGGCAGCUCGAGUAGCGAGGCUCUCAAGGAACUCGAAUUACAAGUCCGAAUUUAUACGAGACACCGGCGAUCGCUUGACGAACAACCGAGAAGAAAGAGCCUUCCGAGUGGCUGCCGGGGCCUCGAGAGUCAAGCGAGCGAAUUCCCGGAGCAGGAGGAAGUUGCUUCGCAAAUGGGACAGGUGGACAGACUGGAGCAGUUGCAGUGUCACCUGCGGCAAAGGCCGGCAGAUCAGGUGGAGGCAUUGCUUGCGCGAUUGCGACGACGCGGAGAUCGAGAUGGCGGAGAAAGCUUGCCAAUUGCCCGCUUGCCCGCCGGGAAAGUUUCUCGGAAUAUUUUGAUAGUCUCGCCGCUCUCCGCUUGAAUAAAUAGCGAUGUACAAGUAUCUCGCGUUUAUUUAUCGUGGAAUCAAACCCGCUCGAAACGAGAAAUUAGUCUCGAAUCAAGAUAGUUUCUUCACGGGUGACACAUUUUCGUACAAAAGAUGCGAAGAAUUCGAAUCACAGCGCUGCCACUCGGCCAGUCCCGAGACGAAAAAGUGGAAUUAGUGACUGUUCUUCUUGAAAAGCAGAA